AUGGACAAUUCCAGAAAGAACUCUUUUUUGGAGUACACAAUUUGUAACCGUGGGACGAUGAACGCCUACUCGCCCAAAGCUGGAUACCACCACUUCGACCAGGCGUUCUCGGCCCCUUUCCAUACUGCACACACAAGUGACAGCUAUAACGCUGAUGGACGACUUUACGUAGGGGGGAGCAACCAGCCAGCAACUGCACAACAUCAGCACCAGAACGGGGUAUACGCGCAUCACCAGCAACAAACGCAGCAAAGUGGCAUUGGCCUCACCUUCGGUGGCACAGGCACCACGAGUUAUGGGACCCAGGCCUGUGUCAACCCGGACUAUGCACAACAACAGUAUUUCAUUAACCCCGAGCAGGAUGGAAUGUAUUAUCACUCAUCAGGUUUUUCAACUCCAAAUGUCGGUCCUCACUAUGGCUCCAUGGCAGGCCCAUACUGCGGGGCGCAGGGAGCCGUCCCAGCCGCACCUUAUCAACAUCAUGGCUGCGAAGGCCAGGACCACCAGCGAGGCUACUCACAAGGCACCUACGCCGAUUUAACGGCCUCCCAAGAGAGGGACACGGAUCAGUCACCACCUGGAAAGACAUUCGAUUGGAUGAAAGUCAAACGGAACCCCCCUAAAACAGCUAAAGUGGCCGAGUUCGGACUGGGCCCGCAAAACACAAUUCGGACGAAUUUCACAACCAAACAACUAACAGAGCUCGAGAAAGAGUUUCACUUUAGCAAGUAUCUCACGCGAGCCCGUCGAGUCGAAAUUGCUGCCACGCUCGAGCUGAACGAGACACAAGUUAAAAUAUGGUUCCAGAACCGCCGAAUGAAGCAGAAGAAACGAGAGAAGGAGGGUCUCGCGCCUGCUUCGUCCACUUCGUCUAAAGACCUCGAGGACCACUCGGAUCACUCAACUUCAACAUCCCCAGGUGCUUCUCCAAGCCCGGAGGCCUGACAGACGAUAAUAGACUAACUAAGGGGCACUGAACAACAGAUUCAAAAUCUAUCUUAAAGUCUAUUAAUUUAAGCAUUCCACAAUGUGCCCGAAAGACUCCUCUCGUGUUCUUUUGUUAAAGGUCCAUACUUUUUAGGAAACUAAAAGAGAACACUUUUAGCAAAACUUCCAACACUACACAACGUGUUUUACGUGUGUAUUAUACAGGGUAUUUCUACAAUGAUGAUAUAUGUAAUGCACUUUCACCAUGUUUACAAAUGCCUAAACGAACUUAAAUGAUUUUACAGGGAAGACUGUAUCUAUUGUGCUGUCAAAAUGUGGACUAGUGUUUAAUGUUGUGUUUUAUGAAAAUAUUUUUGAUUGGAUGUAUACAUUUCAUAUUUUUGAGGUUUGUGAAUUGUAGCUAUACAGUAAGGGGUUUUUGGACUCUUUGCACUAUGCGGUUACAGGGUAGACCUUUUUCUUUCUUUCUUUCUUUCUUUUUUUUUUUACAGAAACAUUUGCAGAAUUAGAUUUUUUAGUCUGGUAUUUUGUAUGCGCAGACGAGCUGAGUUUUAUUAGUUGAUGUCUGUAUGACAUAUUGUGCUGAAUGUUUCAAUCAGAUUAUUUUGUCAUCUCUA